GACUUUCCAUGAACGAGAUAUAACGAGAGUAGGUAAUAACUAAUCGUGAAUUUUCGUCUACAGAUUUUAUCUCAAAAAUUAUCUUAUGUUCAAUAAUUACAUAUGAAUUUUGAACAUAUAAACUAUUAGAGGAAUAAUUUUCACGACCGUUCUAUUUUAGUAAGUAAUCGAAAUAUUAAUUUCCUACCAUAUUUCGCACCAUUCCUUCAUUUCGCGUUUCACGUGUUCACUAGGUGUUAACAAAAUGAAAGAACGCAAACGUUCAGCAGAACAAGAAUCACCAAAGAAAAAUGGAAUGCAUAAGAAAAAGAAAAAGAGCUCAGAAAAUGUAGAAGAACUAUCGUCAGGAAUUAAAAAUGUUUUUAAUUACUACGAUGAAAGGAAUAAGAAAGCAGCUCAUAUAUCGUGGUAUAAAGGAGAGCAAGCUGCACUAAAUUUCUUACCUAAAAAUUUUAACUAUGGAGAAAUGAGUGAGAAACAAAAAACUGCUCUCUAUAAAGACUACUUUAGAAAAAUUUUGCCUUCAAAUAUAAGUUUUUCACAUGACCAAGUUAUUGCAGUUAAAAACUGCCUAAGUGCUCCUGAAAAAAAUUCAAAUCGAAAAUUAACGAAAAAUUUGAUUGAUUCAAAACAGUCUGAAUUAGUUGAGAUAUUUAAGCAAUUUAAAGUGGCGGGAAACGACAACCAACGUCAACAGGACAAACUCCAAGAAAGAUUAAAAUAUAAAAUUGAGAAAUUAGAAAAAUCGAGAAAUACAAGCGAAAGUGUUAAAGAAAAGCGUAAAGUUAAACGUUUACAGGGUAAAAAGAAUAAGCAAAAGAAGACUAUUGUGAAAGAAAGCGUUAUCCGUUCAAAGAAGGAGGAGGUUUUAGAAAAGAUUAAACCUAAACCUAUUUUUAACAAAGAAGGCAACCUAGUCUUCUCAAAAUUUGAUUUUGUUACAUCUAAGGCUGAUGCUGAGAAGAAGAAAAGUACUGGCAAUAAGGACUACAAGAAACUAUUGAAAAGAGUGGAAAAAAAUAAACAAAAGUUGCAAAAAUUGAAAGAAACAGAUUCGGUAAAAGCAAAAACUGUUGAGGAGAAAGAAAAAUGGAGGAAGGUGAUGGAUAAAGCCAAAGGAGUAAAGGUUAAAGAUGAUGAAAAAUUAUUGAAAAAGAGCUUGAAGCGUAAAGAGAAGAAGAAGGAUAAGAGUGGUAAAGAAUGGAAAAAGAGGAAGGACGCUGAAAAGCAAAAGUUAGAUCAGAGAAUAAAGAAACGAAACGAAAAUCUAAAAAAGAGAAAAGAAGGACGAAUUAAGAAGAAGGUAAAUAAAGCUAAGAAGAAAGGAAGAAUAAUACCUGGGUUUUAA